CAACACGCACCGCUGGUGGCGCGCCCAGGCAGCGCGCUUCUUCCUGAGGGCGCCAUCGCCACGCCUGUGCCGUCUGCUCAACGCCCAGCGCCACCUCUCCUAUGGCCGCCUCGCCGCUGCUGCUAUCGCACAGGCUGAGCUCGCUGCCACUCAGGCGGACGUGGUACUAUCACAGGUUGAUCUGUCUGUAGCUCAGGCAGACGUGGCUGUGACACAGGCUGACGCUGCUGUAGCAGAGGAAGAUCCGGCUGUAGGAGAUGGGGAAAUGCCAAUCACAGGGUUGCGUGCCUCUGCUGCACUGACCGCUGGUCCAUCUGAUAGCAGCUCACUGUGGAAAAUCGCACCUGGCCCCAUGGAGCGGCAGCUGUGGUGGCGGAUGCGGGUGCCGUGGGUGCCGCGGGCGCUGGUGAGCAUGCAUGUGCGCAUGGGCGACAAGGGGCGCGAGAUGCGAGUGGCGGGCGUUGGGGAGUACGUGCGCCUGCUGCUGCGCGUGCGCCGCCACGACCCCCACACUCGCUUCGUGUGGCUCGCCACUGAGAUGCAGCCCGUGGUGGAGCAGCUGAGCGGCAUGGGCGGGUGGACGUGGUUCGCCACGGACGUGCCGCGCAUGGCGGGCAACGACAGCAUGCCGGCGUACGAGAGAGCGCUGGGGGUGCAGCGCAGCACGGACAACGCGUUGGUGAACCUGCUGCUGGCGGGCGAGGCGGACUACUUCAUCGGGGCGCUCGGGUCGUCCUGGUCCUUCCUGCUCGACGCCCUGCGCUGCACCGCCGGGAAGAUGCGCCACGGCUUCCUCAGUGUCAACGUUUCUCCCCGCUGGUAG